AUGUCUCAAAGAAAAUUACAACAGGAUAUCGAUAAGUUACUGAAAAAGGUCAAAGAAGGUUUGGAAGAUUAUGAUGAAAUUUAUGAAAAGUUCCAAUCAAGUGACCCUUCAAAUACCUCAUACAGAGAAAAAUUAGAAUCUGAUUUGAAAAGAGAAAUCAAAAAACUACAAAAACAUAGAGAUCAAAUUAAAACAUGGUUAAGCAAAGAAGACGUCAAAGAUAAGCAAGAUGUGUUGAUGGAAAAUAGAAGAUUGAUUGAAAUAGAUAUGGAAAAAUUUAAAUCGGUUGAAAAACUAAUGAAAACAAAACAAUUUUCAACAGAAGCUUUAACAAACCCUGAUAUUAUUAAAGAUCCAAAGGAAUUGAAAAAAAGAGAUCAAUUUAUAUUUAUUCAAGAUUGUUUAGAAGAGUUACAAAAACAACUAGAGUCUUACGAAGCAAAAGAAGAUCAAACCCAAGUGGAAAGACAUGAAUUUCAUAUCUCAAAUUUAGAAAAUAUUUUAAAAUUAUUACAAAAUGAUGAUUUAGAAGCAGAAACUGUAGAAGAAUUUCAAGAUGACAUUAGAUAUUAUGUCGAUAAUAAUGAUGAUCCAGACUUUAUUGAAUAUGACACCAUUUAUGAAGAUAUGAAUUGUGAAAUUAAAGAAGAUGCAGAUUCUUCAAUGAUGAGUGAUUCUACAAAUGCAAAUACAUCAAACUCUACAACUUCAAAACCUAAAAAACAAGAACGUUCUCCAAGAAAAAAUAAAACUACAAGUUCAAUGGUUUCAACUCCGACACCUUCUUCUCCAAAUUUGACUUCACAAAAUAUUAAUGAUUCAAACUCAUCUCCAACCAAAUCAGCAUCAUCGACUAGUAGCAAAAAGAAAGAGAUUUCCCAGAAUGAAAUCUCAGAAGAUAGAGAAAUCAGCUUCCCUCCUGAUAUCUCUGAACAAAUAGAAGAAGAUAUUAAAAGAGAUAUUUCUCAACAUAAAGCUUUCAAAAAUCCUUUAUUCAGUGAAGAAUUGAAGUAUUGGUUAGAUUCAAAACGACCAUUAAUGCAGCCAUAUAAAGAAAUGCCAGACAGAAUGGUAUCACAAUUAGAAUCAUCUCUAUUGAAUUGUCCAGAUUCAUUAGACGCUGACACACCAUAUCUUUAUAGAAACCCACUUUCAUUACCACAUCCAACUUCUAUCUUCUUUCCUAGUGAGCCAAUUAGAUUUGUUUCUCCUGUAGAUUCUCCACAGUUGCAACAACAGCAGAAUACUGGUUCAAACGAAAGUAUAAAAAGUGAAGAUGAUAAAAAGGAGUCUAAACCAAGUACAACUCAUGAUAUUUAUUCCAGAACAUCAUUGGCUAAAACAUUCAGUAAAUUUGACUUAGAUACCUUAUUUUUCAUAUUUUACCAUUAUCAAGGCACCUAUGAACAAUUCCUGGUGGCAAGAGAAUUGGCAAAACAUAGAAACUGGAAAUUUAAUAAAAUAAAUCGUAAUUGGUACUACAAAGAGGUAACAAAAUCUCCUCCAGGUAUGCAACAAGCAGAAGAAGAAACAUGGAGGUAUUUCGAUUAUCAAAAUAGCUGGCUAGCAAGGCGUUGCAACAGCGAUUUUAAAUAUAAUGAGGAAGAUUUUGAAAAAUUAUAA